GAGAAGAAAGGAGAUUAGCAGGGUGACUUUCACCCUGCAACAGUCACGCUGGAGUACUCUGGUGAAGGAUCAAGAAUAUUACCAGUUUUCUGAUGAAGAAAGGAAUAUAUUUGGUCACCAGCAAUCUGCCUUUGACCAUCCUCAAAGCCAAGUUUUUCAUCGCUGUCUAGAAAAAUACUUCAUUCAGAGGACACAUAUGUCCUCUUUGAAUGUCUCCUUUUUGGGAGCAGUAGGAGAAAGAAACUUAAAGAUGUAGAAAGAAUUAAUAGUGUAACGGAAAGAAAGAAGGCAAAAGGAAGUAAAUGUGGAGGCCAUAGAAAUAGUAAUAAGAAUAAAGAAGAGAAACAGGAAAAAAGAGGAGGGAAAAGCCAUAGAAAAUAACAGCCAGAGCGAGUAGGAGGAGACAGAGAGAACGAGAGAGAGAAAAGCUGAUAAAUUCCUGAGAAAAGUUUCUCUCCUUAAGAAUUCUAGGUCAAGAAGUAAAAUAUGGCACAGAGCAUUGAAAGGAGGCAACGGAUGCCCAGUGCAAGAUUCUGAAGAAGCAGGAAUUCAGCCCGAUGGGAGUCCGAGUUCAUGUCGUGGCGGCCUCAGCCCUGCUGUAUUUCAUCCUGCUUUCUGGGACGAGAUGUGAGGAAAACUGUGGUAGUCCUGAACAUUGCCUGACCACAGACUGGGUACAUCUCUGGUAUAUAUGGUUGCUGGUGGUAAUUGGCGCGCUGCUUCUCCUGUGUGGCCUGACGUCCCUGUGCUUCCGCUGCUGCUGUCUGAGCCUCCAGCAAAAUGGGGAAGAUGGGGGCCCACCGCCCUGUGAAGUGACCGUCAUUGCUUUCGAUCACGACAGCACUCUCCAGAGCACUAUCACAUCUCUGCAGUCGGUGUUUGGCCCUGCAGCUCGGAGGAUCCUGGCUGUGGCUCACUCCCACAGCUCCCCGGGCCAGCUGCCCUCCUCUUUGGACACCCUCCCAGGGUAUGAAGAAGCUCUUCACAUGAGUCGCUUCACAGUAGCCAUGUGCGGGCAGAAAGCACCUGAUCUACCCCCAGUACCUGAAGAAAAGCAGCUGCCUCCAAUAGAGAAGGAGUCGACUCGAAUAGUUGACUCUUGGAACUGAUGAGAGCUGUCAUUUUAUAAAUAGGAGUGGAGUGAUGUCCAGAGUCUGUGGGAAAAUGGAACACAUACUUUUCUAACCCUCAGAAGUUUUAAGAUGGCAUCUAACACCAUCAUUCUAUGGGAAAGAUGGUUCUUACUCUUCAUUCACAGGCCUUUAUAUCUUCCGAUACAGAAUGCUCUAAUUGGGGACUCUAAUUUUGUAUCCAAUGGCCAAAAUCUGCAAGUAAUCUCUAGCCACACUGAUUACUACUAAACCAGGAAAGCAUCAAGGUGUCUUGAAUUCCUUUAACUAUUGAGUGCAUAUAAAAUUCCUGUACCCACAUGAUACUGCAAGUUGUGUCUCUCUCUGUCAGCUAAUCCACUGCGGUUAACUGGAAAAGAAAGACAACAGUGUCAGCACAGCCAUCGACAUUAAUGCACUGAAUGCAUGCAUCUUUCCUCCUGAGACAGCAAUCGAUUUUACACCGAAUGACAAUGAUCAUCUUAGACAGCACAACAUACCCACUCGGAUAUCUAAAAGCUAGGGAUGGGAUUGCUGAUACGGGCUAAGAGAACACAGUAUAGUAUUUAAGUGCCAAAUAUCAGUCUUUCUUUCUCUCUGGUCCUACCCCUCAGCAGUAUGAAAAACUCCAUACUGUGCAGUAACAGUUGGAUUAAUUCUUCAGUUCCUCCGCGCUGCAAACACAUAUGUGUGCGCACACGCUUGUAUACAUGCACCCUGUUUUCACUCUAAAGGAAUAGUGUUGCUUUACUUCUUUCCUGUUUUGCCUGGACCACUUAAAGCCACAACACCUCCAUAGUGACACACGCUAGUCUCUAGUGGUGGCCCUCACUGCCACCUAGAGGAGCCAUGGUGGAAAACACACUCUCUCCUUUGAGCCUAUCUGCACAUCUCUCGAGUUCUUGUAGCAAAAACUAAAUGCUGAACUAAGCCUGGUUGAGAUGCUUCCCAUGGACCAUGCCGCAGCUCAGUGCUAAUCUAUCCACAUAACAUACCACCUCCCAAAGUAUUAUUAUUGGAAAAUCGAGGAAGUGACGCACAUUUAGGGAAAAACUACUCACCUUAGAAAAGUCACUGAAAUCCUUUUUUUUGUUUUUUGAGAUGGAGUUUUGCUCUUGUAGCCCAGGCUGGGAUGCAAUGGCAUGGUCUCAGCUCACUGUAACCUCCACCUCCCGGAUUCAAGCAAUUCUUCUGCCUCAGCUUCCCGAGUAGCUGGGAUUACAGGUGCCUGCCACCGUGCCCAGCUAAUUUUUGUGUUUUUAGUGGAGAGGGGGUUUCACCAUGUUGGCCAGUCUGGUCUAGAACUCCUGACAUCAGGUGAUCCGCCCACCUUGGCCUCCCAAAGUGCUGGAAUUAGAGGCCUGACCCCCUGCUCCUGGCCUGAAAUCUUUAAAGCCGUUUUCUCCCUAAAAAACGGGGAAUAAUAACACCUCAGAAGGUUGUUGUGAAGAUCAAAGAAGCUAAAUAUAUGUGGCAUGAUUUGUAAAGUGUUAUGCAUAUGUAUGUUAUUCUUCCUACUGUCAUCUAACCUUCCCUUGCCUGCUAUGACUUAUCUGAGAGCUAUGUUCCCAUUUAUCUUUUUGCCAACUAUGUUACUGUUGUCACACCUGAAAUGGCUUUGUUUUUAUCAAUAAAUACUUGUUGAUUGCGGUAAACAACAACAGA